UAUACUUGUACAAUUGCCAUGUUCUACGUGUCUGUCCAACUAGAGUAUGAUUUUUUGGCAAGACUCUGAAACUCCUACAUUUGGAAGGGAAGUUGGUCACAUUCCCAGCUUGUGUAAACAUCAGAGAUGAAUGCAAUGGAAACAGCAUUAGGGGUAAUUUCUCUCCAGCUCUUCCCCUUUUCCAUCUCACUCACACACACAACCCCACACAAUUGCAACUGCAGCUCUGAGCAGCAAAUGUGUCAAUGAGUUCUAUAUGCAUUCUGAUCGAUGAAAAUUUCUCAGAGAUAGCAAGAGAGUUGAGGCAUUUUGUGUGAACUGUUUACGGCAUCUCAGAUACGGACAUUAGAUACAGCUACAAAUAUCACAGGUGAUUUCACUUGGAACACAAUGUUUGGACAGAAUGUCACGCUGCAGCCUGUUCCCAUUCAGAGCCUCUCCGAACUAGAGCGAGCGAGACUUCAGGACGUGGCGUUCUACCACCUGCAAGGGAAAGAUCUUGGCUGUCAGAUUACCAUCCCCAAAGGGGGGCCAAAAAGGAAGAAAUCAUUUCGGCGAAAGAAAGAACCUUUUACCAAAGAUAAAAAAGAUAAAGAAUUGCAUCCUCUGGGAUUUGGGAUUCCUCUGCCACAGGUCAUCCUGAAUGACUGUGCUCGAAAGAAGAAGCAAGAUGCAGUGAAGGAAGGUCGGAGAGACUGUCUAGACCUGGAGACAUCGGUCCUGAAAUUUCGGGCCAAGAAGCAACACAAGCAUCUGGAUGAUAGCAACGUAUUUCUGCAGUCUGCCCUAGACAUCAUGGACGAGCCUCUCUCCCCAACUUUUCUGGAUAGUGUUUCCAGAGGCCACAGACGGGGUGCCGUGUCCGUCGAUUCUAUCACAGACCUGGAUGACAACCAGUCACGAUUGCUGGAGGCCCUACAGCUCUCUUUGCCAGUGGAACUGGAAAGAAAAAGCUUAACAAAGACCAAAAAGAAGCUCAGUCUGAACCCCAUCUACCGGCAGGUCCCCAGAAUCGUGCAGCAAUGCUGCCGGCACAUCGAAAGCUACGGUCUUCAGACUGUUGGUAUUUUCCGAGUUGGAAGUUCUAAAAAAAGAGUUCGACAGCUACGAGAUGAAUUUGAUCAAGGUCUGGAAGUGAUUUUGGAUGAAGAACACAGUGUCCACGAUGUAGCAGCUCUACUGAAAGAGUUCCUGCGGGACAUGCCAGAUCCACUUCUCUCCAGAGAGCUCUACACAGCCUUCAUCAAUACCAUGUCAAUGAAUCACAAGAAACAGCUCUCCACCCUCCAACUGCUGAUUUAUCUGUUACCCCCGUGUAACUGUGACACUCUGCUCCGACUGCUGGAGUUGCUGUCAAAGGUUGCCAGCCACGCCCAGGACUCAGUUGAUGAAGGUGGACAAGAGGUGACCGGGAACAAAAUGACGUCUCCCAAUCUGGCUACCAUAUUUGGCCCGAACCUCCUUCACAGAGAGAAUGUUUCUGACAAAGACUACAGUAUGCAAGCAGUUGAAGUAGAGGAGAGCUCAGCAGUCAUUGGUGUGGUCCAAAAAAUGAUAGUUAACUACAAAAACCUGUUCAUCGUUGCUCCGGAGCUUCAGCAUGAAGUGCUAAUGAGUUUAAUGCAGACGGACAAAGAUGUUGUACAUUAUCUUCUACGCAGGAAACUUAAAUUCCAAUCGAGUUCAGAUCAAGAAAAUGAAGCGUUUGUGAUGGCAGAUCAUCCUUGCGUCAAAGCUGUGUGUGACCCCUGCUCGCAAAGCAUUACCAUCACACCAAUGCACAUCUCACGCAGCUUCUGUGAAAGCCUCUCUCUGCAGGACCAGAGGAAGAAACAUUCAGAUUCUGAGUUGUAUAAAGUUCCAGACACAUUGACAUUCAUUAGACAUGGACAUCCCGACGAUGGAAAGAACUUUUCUUCCCGAUUAGUAAAAAGUCCUUGUGAAGAGUCUGGUGGAAGAAUCUUCAAUCGACGAAGAGCAUCCCGAUCGUAUGAGAAUCUAACAACAGCAAGCCAUUCACAACCAACAAUAGACUUUGUGAAGAAAGCAGAUGGCACAGCUUUAUUAGCAACAAGCAAGUCUCCAUCAGUUCCCGAUGGUCAGCUGGGCCACCAAAGUGAGGAGUUGAUGAACUCAAAAGAUGCAGGCAAUGUUCAAAGAGUACAUCCAGAACUUUCUCCAAAUUGUGAAAGUCUCAUGAUGCAAUCCUCUGCUGGCAUAAUGGACAAUGACUCUAAGGACUUCAGUGAAGCAGCCAGUUCAUCUGACGAGUAUUUAAGCAAAAAUCAAAUGAUUGAAUCUAGCUUCAUUCCCUGGGAAAUUGAGAGGAGUGCAGCACUACAAAAUGAGACAUGUCGAGGAAGAAUGGAAGCAAAAGUGUGGGUGAAAAGGAGUGGUAGGGAUGAUUCCCCAAGGAAUAGAGAGAGACAGCAACAACAACAACAACAACAACAACAACAACAACAACAACAACAACAACAACUGCAUACUUUCAGAAGCGAUCAGAAAAAAAGUUCCCUUCGCGAAACUGCAGUAUAAUUUUGGAAAUAGCAAUCCCGUGGAUGCUUCUGAAAGGAGUAACAACCGAAAAUGCUGGAAAUAUUCCACUAGUCAGGCAGCAAUUGUGGAGAGGGAAAAUUAGUUAACAUUUAAGGUCUACGACCUUUUAUUACAAGAGGGUGUUACUUCAACAUAUGUGGGAACAGUUUCGAGUUUGUCACGUUAGUUGUUAAAAUGUAUUGUGCAUUCCGUAAACUGUAACACUGGGCUGCUGCACUAUGUUGACUCAUUUCCAGUUUACCCAUGAUAUGUUCAUCCAUUAAAUUUCAAAAGCCCUCCCAAAGGAUAUUUAAAUGUUAUUUGCUGUUUCAAUGGCAGUUGCCUCUCUGUGCAGCGAAGCUUUAAUUUUAUAUCUUUGUGCAUCUACACAUUAUUUAAAAUAAUGCAAAUUA